AUUGUUCCGAUUCGGCUGGUAGCUGACGACUUGACUAGUCAUGCGCCAGUAAGUUGCCUAAUCUGCAUAGUUGCCUAACACGUCGCAAGUAUCCUCAUCCUCCCAAUGUACUCGACAACACCAACAACCAACAUCCCUACCCGCGAAAAUGUCCGCAGAGCAACCCCAGAAACCCAUGUCCUGGAUCCCAGAGAUCCUCGAACAAAUCUUCCUGCAAACCGACAUGCGCACACUACUGACUUCCGCGCAACGUGUAUGCCACCAGUGGAAUACCAUAAUUAAAAGCUUGGAUCGUAUCCAAGAACACCUCUUUUUCAAACCGGCUCCGAAAAAACAGACGUCCAAGCAAAAACAAAAUCCACUCCUAAGUGAUACCAUCUGACCUGAGUUCCUUCGCAAGCAGUUGAACACUCUAGGACGGCACCGGUCGUACCAGCAGCUGCAAUUUCCGAUGAUUUAUUGGACGAAGCAACGGGCGUUUUUCCGGGAAGAGGCAAAUUGGAGGCGGAUGUUGUUUCAACAACCUCCUACUUCGUGCCUUGGGAUAAUCGAGACGAUACUGGACAGUGAUAGUCCAUGGUUUUCUCGGAUCAAGGUCAUGCCACGGAAAGACUACAUACGAGUGAAAGAUGUAUACAAAACUGUACAUGACGGCAUAUUAAUGCCCGGUCAGGAUAAAUGGCUGUUCUGGUAUAAUCCAUAUUUUCUAAACAGACCAGAGCGGGAGUUACAAGGUGAAAGGGCUAUCGCAUCUUCCAACUAUCUGGAAGGAUGUAACUUAGUUAUCUUCACGACGAAGUGCUGGAUUCUUAGAGAUCAUGGCAUAAUAAACGAUCUGGAUGACUGGAUUGACUCCCUUGGCAAGUUCAAGCGUGAUCGAAGCUGUCAGAGGCUGCACAUAUGGA